AUGGAGUUUCUUAGUGCCUAUUUUCUAUCGCCGAGCUCGGUGAUCGUGGCGUUGUUGACCGUGCUUUUCUUGACUCGCCAGUCUUGGACACAUCUUUCUCGAUCAAAGAAAUCUUAUCAUAUCUCUGCUGAGUCCACCAAGUUGGACGAUACACACAAUUUGGCAGUCUCAAAGGAGCCCGAUGUCCCUAAGGGAUGGUGGUCUGGUCAUGAGGUCUUUGAGCUGGAGCGACGUGCUAUCUUUAGCAAGUCAUGGCUGUAUAUUGCACAUGUGACUCAGUUCAGCAAAGCCGGGUCAUACCAGUCUUUUGAUAUUGCUGGUUUCCCGAUCUUCUUGAUCCGCAGCAAGGAUGACAAGAUCCGCGCAUUCCACAAUGUGUGUCGACACCGCGCCUAUACCAUCACCAGAAAAGAGACUGGAACAUCUACUGUACUUGGUUGUCGCUAUCAUGGCUGGAGCUAUGAUACUACCGGUCGACUCGUCAAAGCACCACAGUUUGACGGUAUCCCUGGCUUUAACAAGUCCGAGAAUGGCCUGUUUGAGAUCCACACCCAUACUACAGAUCAAGGAAUGGUUUUUGUGAAUCUUGAUGCCGGGGAGCCUGCCCCGUUCCCUGACCCUACAGCUUCGGAUAUGCACAAAUUUGCAAGCACUGCUGGUCUUGGUUCAAAGUCGAAAUGGAUUGCUGGCCAGACGCUUAGUGGGACCUUCAACUGGAAGUUUGGGAGUAUGUUUGCCAAGAAAAAGUGCUUUCCCCAAAUACUAACUAGAAAAUCGCUAGUGAGCUUUCAAUACUGCACAGAUGCCACAAGUCAGCUUGAAGAAGUUGUAUCAGCUGUGGCUCCACCUUCAUUGGCAACGAAAUUUAUGAAAUUCAUCACCCAGCGUAGCAGCCGAGCUAACUGUCACCUGUUCCCUGGAAACUUCCUUUACUCAUUUGAAGAUGGCCAUCUCUGGGUCUCUCUUUCUUUUGUCCCGGCCUCAGAAUCAACUACACAGAUCCGCUAUGAUUUAUUCAGCCUUUCGUCAACCACCAGGAACAACGAGGAUGAACUCAAAAAUGCCAUCGCGGAAUCCAUUAAGGCCCUCUUGCAGAAGAUUGAGACUGCAUUCUCAUCUGCUACUCCUGGGUCUGCUGAGAGUGGUUCCAAUGCUAGUCAGAUUCUAGAUCAACUUCAAGAACACCUGAGACUUGAAAAGAAGAGCGGUGGUCUGAUUCUUCCGGCAAUGCGUCAACCCAAGGGAAGCUCUUUGUUCCAACAAGCUGAGCAGCGUACGUUUCCUUUCAAGUUUUGGAUUGCCUCUAUAUUAACAUAUCGGUUAGUUUGCAAGGAAAUCGAUUGUGCCGUCUCUGGCUCUGGAUCGGGUAAUGGCUCGACUGGACUCGACUGGUAA